AAAUCAACUAUUAUUAUAUUUCAUUGUAAAAUUACGUAACCUGUACUGUGACAUAAAUUGCAUACACCGUACUGCGUUCUGCAAGUAAUCUACGCCGAUAAGCUAACCGUUUACUGUACUCACACAAACGUGUAUAUGCGGUUAUACCUAGCUAGGUAUAGACCUAUGUUUGCUAAGCCAACAAACGUUACGUAAUACGUUAAGUUAGACGAUUGUAUAUAUUAGAAGUUAGCUAUUGUUUUACUUUAAGUUUUCGCUUGGAAGGAUAAUAUUUCCUUCUUGUUUAUUUAAUGAGGAUUGAAUUUAGAGUAGACACGAUAUUAUUGUUCAUACUCUUUGGAUACAAGUAAAUUAUGGUAAUUGACAAUAAGGACGUAGAGAGGUCGCCUAGUGUGAUCGGAUUUAGUUGAAAUACAAUCGACUUGAUAUCUAAAAGAAUGUUGGGAGGUAGCGCGUUGUGGUUCCGGCACGGACUGAGACUGCAUGACAACCCGGCGCUGCACAGCGCGCUGGAAGACAAGACCGUGCCGUUCUUCCCGUUGUUUAUUUUUGAUGGAGAAACUGCAGGCACGAAGGUGGUGGGGUACAACCGCAUGCGGUACCUUCUGGAAGCGCUCGAGGACCUGGACAACCAGUUCAAGAAGUACGGCGGCCGUCUUAUCAUGGUGAAGGGUACGCCGCAUGUCAUCAUCAGGCGCCUUUGGGAAGAAUUUGGUAUAAGCAAGCUGUGCUUCGAGCAGGACUGCGAGCCGGUGUGGCGCGCGCGCGACGACAAGGUGAAGGCGGCGUGUCGCGAGACCGGGGUGGUGUGUCGCGAGCACGUGUCGCACACGCUGUGGGAGCCCGACACCGUCAUUAGAUACAACGGGGGAAUCCCACCGCUGACCUAUCAGAUGUUUCUGCAUACUGUGUCGACGAUCGGAGACCCGCCGCGUCCAGUCAGCGACCUGGACCUCACCGGGGUCAACUUUGGCAUCCUGCCUGACUCUUUCCACCAGGAGUUUACGUUCUUCGAUAAAGUGCCAAAGCCGGAAGAUCUGGGCGUGCAUCUGGAGCGCGAAGAUAUCCGCAUGAUCCGCUGGGUGGGCGGGGAGUCUGCCGCGCUGCACCAGAUGCAGCAACGACUGCGUGUGGAGUACGAGACCUUCUGCAGGGGCUCGUACCUCCCCACUCACGGCAACCCGGACCUUCUGGGCCCACCGAUAUCGCUCAGUCCCGCGCUGCGCUUCGGAUGUCUGUCUGUUCGUAGAUUCUAUUGGGCUGUACAAGAUUUGUUCCAGCAAGUGCACCAGGGACGACUCUCGGGCAGUCAGUUUAUUACAGGUCAGCUGAUCUGGCGCGAAUACUUCUACACGAUGAGCGUCAACAACCCCAACUAUGGCCAGAUGAGCGGCAACCCCAUCUGCCUCGACAUUCCCUGGAAGAACCCGGAGGGGGAUGAAUUGAAUAGAUGGGUGGAGGGGCGCACGGGGUUCCCGUUCAUCGACGCGGCGAUGCGGCAGCUGCGCGCGGAGGGCUGGCUGCACCACGUGCUGCGCAACACCGUCGCCUCCUUCCUCACGCGCGGCACGCUCUGGCUCUCCUGGGAGCACGGCCUCAACCACUUCCUCAAGUACCUGCUCGACGCCGACUGGUCGGUGUGCGCGGGCAACUGGAUGUGGGUGUCGUCGUCGGCGUUCGAGGCGCUACUGGACUCCAGCGAGUGCGCGUGCCCCGUGCGCCUCGGCCGCCGCCUGGACCCCGGCGGCGAGUACGUGCGCCGCUACGUGCCCGAGCUGGCGCGCGUGCCCGUCGACUACAUAUACGAGCCGUGGAAGGCUCCUAUCGACGUGCAGGAGCGCGCGGAGUGCGUCAUCGGGCAGCACUACCCCGCGCCCAUGCUCAACCACCUCGACGCCGCCGCGCGCAACAGGAACAACAUGAAGGAGUUGCGUAGGAUCCUGGAGAAGGCUCCGCCGCACUGCUGCCCCUCCUCCGAGGAGGAGAUACGUCAGUUCAUGUGGCUCAACGACGACACCGAGUCUGAGCUCAGCACCUCUUAAACUAAAUACCACUUUAUUGCUACCGUCAUAAAGUCGGAAACCAUACGUAGCUUUGUUUUAAGUGUUCUCUACCUAUUUUUGCUUUCAUGGUAGUGGUAUAUUUUCGCCUAUAUUAUGUAAGAUAAAAUAUGUAUCUCGAAUAAUAAAUCAAUUAUAAGCCAGAUUUUUUUUUGUAUCUAAUAUUGGUGUAUUUUUUUAAAUAUUGUAAUAUGAAUAUAUAACAUUUAAUGAGUUGAAUUUUGACAUAAUUGAUGGCUGUAAAACUAUUCGUCUAUAUUUAUAGAAUAUUUUACUGUUUUAUUAAGUUUGAUUUGGUUUAAGUUUUAUUAUCAUCAAGUGAAAUAAAAAAUAAAAACUAUUUUUUAAAGAGAUAUGUUAAUAAACAACAAAAAUAUAUCUACAAAAAACAUUGAAUGAAGACUCUACAAAGUACAAUAACAUCAUUCCAAAGAAACAGGGUAUGAAGAAGUUUAUUUUUUUUACAUUCAUUUGUUUGUUUAUAAAUUUUAAAGUUCUUAAAGAAAUCUAAAUGUAUUUAUAGAUAUAUUAUAUUUAUGCAAAUAUUUCCAAAGUAUUUACCUAAUAUUUUGAUAUUCAGCGUGUGUUUAGAUUAAUGUGUGAUGUAAAAAAUAAUAAAAAGGUUUAUCCUUGA